UUUUUCAAACAUUUAGGUUGGUUAAAUUUGCUCGAUCGUCCAAGCGAGUUACAUUGUGUCAGAAUCGUUGUGUGAUACGGAACUCUCAUGGAUACCUCAGGUGAUCGUCCUCAGGGGAGGGUUGAACAAGAUAGUAAACCCAUAGGCCAGACAACAGCCAAGUCUGGAAACAUUACAGAAGUUGAUGCCUCCAGUAGUGGACAUGACGACCUGGACCCCGCAGAGGAGUACGCCAUGAAUCACAACAGACGCGGCUUGGCUCUCAUCUUCAAUCAGGAGCGUUUCUUUUGGCAACUACGCAUGCCCGAGCGCCACGGUACCAAUUCCGAUAGUUGGAAUCUCGCCAAGAGAUUAAAGGAGCUGAAUUUCGAAGUGAAGGCACAUGACAAUCUCAAAAUGGCAGAAGUUUGUGAUGUAAUCACGGAAGCUGCAAACGCCAACCACACUGACGCUGACUGCUUCGUCUGUGUGUUCUUGAGCCACGGCGAGAACGAUCACAUCUACGCCUACGACGGCAAGUUCAGCAUCCAGGAAAUCGCCGCGCUGUUCAAGGGAGACAAGUGCAAGAGUCUGGUGGGAAAACCCAAAAUCUUCAUUUUCCAGGCGUGCCGCGGUGAAGAACACGACGUUGCGGUCACGCCCAUGGACGUGGUGGACAACGAGGUGAAGACUAACGAGGUGGUGGUGGACACGGGGGUGGUCUGCACCCUGCCCGCCGGGGCGGACUUCCUCAUGUGCUACUCGGUGGCGGAAGGGUACUACUCUCACAGGGAGACCAUCAACGGCUCGUGGUACAUCCAGGACCUCUGCCAGCUUCUGCACAAGUUCGGGGGGAAGCUGGAGUUCACGGAGCUGCUGACGCUGGUCAACAGGAAGGUGUCCAUGCGGAGGGUGGGUCGGAGCGCCGACCCCAGCGCCAUCGGCAAAAAGCAGGUGCCCUGCUUCUCCUCCAUGCUCACCAAGAAACUCUACUUCAGACCCAAGAAGGUCUGACCUCUGUACCCAGCAAGUGGCUGAAAAACUAAUAAGUUUUUAAAAAUCCUCAGGGUUUUUUUUACAACAAAAAAAAAACAAGGUGCACAUACAAUUAGAAUAAAUCUGAUUUGUUUCCUUUUACUUGAGAUUCCAUGGUGGUGGUGGUGGUGGUGGUGGUUUAUGUAAUUUAGGGGUGAGGUUUUGUAGCAAUACUGUCAUUAAAGAACCUGCAGGGAGAUCGAACUGGGGUAAAUGAGAUUUCAGUUGUUUAUCUUGAAGAUGCUUUCAAUUUAUAUGAAAUUAACUUUCUUCUUAAGCUUUUUAUGUGAUCAAGUCUGAGUUUGUUUCACGAAAAAGGGAAUUUCCGUAUUUGGGUAGUUUGUUAUGCUCUGAGACAUUCACAUGAUGAAUCUGUCUUAAUGUGUGAUUUUAAAAAUGAAUCAUUGAUAAAGCCAUGGAGAGUAUAAUAUUAUAGGACUGUAUAAUAUUUACUUUAAUUCAAAUGCUGGAAUCCUGUGAAUCGCCUGUCACCUAAUCCAAAAUUGCAUUUUAACCUACAAGAUGUCUAAAUUGAUUUCAAUUUUAAGAAUUUUUUUAAAAUUACUUUUAUCUUGGAGUCCUAAUUGUCAUCACCCUAUCCAGUGUCCUAUUGGAAAUUGGGCUUUAAGUGUGAAUUAGAAAUGGGCUCUAAAUAUGAAAGCCAAAAUCUAACUUGUGUAUCUACCUGUACCUUCACACAUCACCUCUCCUGAGAUUUUAGCUGUUACAAUUGUAGCUAUCUGUUUGCAGCAUCAGAUAAUCAUAACUAAAUGAUUAAGAUGACAAGCUAUUUUACAUGAACACGGUCUAAACGUGAAAUCUUAUUGCGAAAGCCUGUUUAGCUCCAUUUUGCUAUUUCAUACGUCAAUCAUAAGCUGUGUUAGGGCAAAGAAAAUGGCUGAGCUUUAGUCUCUAAAAGGAUUGUAAUCGGCGUAAGAACAGAACCGGUCUGUGAUGAAGCACGUGAAGGUUGGUUGCCUUUGGCAACCAGCCAAAAUUUGGUAAAGACCUUUAGUAGUUACUAGUCCGUUCGGUCAACAUAAACCGCUGCAAUUUGCAUAAAAAUAGUUAAACAAACUUAAUAAACUGACAAGGCCGUGUCUGUUAUGAAUUAAUUGCUUGGUGCAGAAUUGCAGAUUUAUUAGUGACUGUCUUAACUGCCUGUUGAAUGUUCAUAACCUCUGCAAACUUGAUUCAAACUCUUGAACACAACUGCAAAUAGACUGGUUAAUAUGCAUGUCAUUUUUGUAUUGUUUAGGGAUGGAAUUUGUACUUUUUUAUACGUAUAAAUAAGCACACUAUCUGUUUGAGAGACCUAUUUUAAAAGUACAACAGCCUUUUGAAAUCCUGUCUGAUUAAUAAUCUGUAAGACGUGCAAUAAAAUGAAAAUGACGUGUCA